UAAUUCCAAAAGUAAAAUUGGGAAAUAUUAGGAGAGUUUGGUAAGGUGGUGGUGGGCUCGCCGUUUUCAAACCCCUGCAUUCCCCUAAAUUUCUUGUCUCAUCGGAUCUAAACCUUUGCAGCGGUCCAAAUCCAUAUACGCCGGCCGAGCUAAGGUUCAUAUUAUUCGCCUUCUUUGUUUAUCCAUGAAUCUGAUUCUCUUUCAGCUGCCGCUUUUUUUUCCAUUGUUGAAGCUUUGCAACCUGUUCAAUUGAUUCUUCGAUUCAGAGCUGUCUUUCGCGCGAGAAAAAUGUGGGGAAUCGUUCGGAAAAAAGUUGGAGCUGGAGCCUCCUGUAUUCUGACUUCCGGCCAGGCUUUGCAGAGGCUUCGCCCUGCCGCCUCAGCAUCGAGAUACUAUUCAUCUGCCGCAAAAGAGAUGACUGUGAGAGAUGCUCUAAACUCUGCACUUGAUGAAGAAAUGUCUGCUGAUCCUAAAGUUUUUCUGAUGGGUGAAGAGGUUGGAGAAUAUCAGGGUGCCUAUAAGAUAACCAAAGGGCUUCUGGAGAAAUAUGGUCCUGAGAGGGUUCUUGAUACCCCAAUCACAGAGGCUGGGUUUACUGGUAUUGGCGUUGGCGCUGCUUACCAUGGUCUGAAGCCUGUUGUGGAGUUUAUGACAUUUAAUUUCUCUAUGCAGGCCAUUGAUCAUAUCAUUAAUUCUGCGGCAAAAACAAAUUAUAUGUCAGCUGGACAAAUUUCUGUGCCAAUUGUCUUUAGAGGACCCAAUGGUGCAGCUGCUGGAGUUGGUGCGCAGCACUCUCAGUGUUAUGCAGCAUGGUAUGGCGCCUGUCCUGGCUUGAAAGUCUUGGCCCCAUAUUCAUCUGAAGAUGCUCGUGGGCUUUUAAAAGCUGCUAUAAGGGAUCCAGACCCUGUGGUGUUUCUUGAAAAUGAAUUAUUAUAUGGUGAAUCCUUCCCUGUUUCAGCGGAGGUCCUUGAUUCCAGUUUCACUGCUCCCAUAGGAAAAGCUAAGAUUGAGAGAGAAGGGGAGGAUGUGACCAUUACUGCUUUUUCAAAGAUGGUGGGAUAUGCACUUAAGGCAGCUGAAGUACUUUCCAAAGAAGGAAUUAGUGCUGAGGUUAUAAACCUGCGCUCUAUUCGACCACUAGACAGAGCCACAAUUAAUGCUUCAGUUAGGAAGACCAACAGAUUAGUAACAGUUGAAGAAGGGUUUCCUCAGCAUGGCGUUGGAGCUGAGAUCUGCACAUCUGUUGUCGAGGAAAGUUUUGGCUAUCUUGAUGCACCGGUGCAGAGGAUUGCAGGGGCUGACAUUCCCAUGCCUUAUGCAGCCAAUCUCGAAAGGAUGGCUGUCCCUCAGGUUGAGGACAUCAUUCGAGCAGCAAAAAGAGCAUGCUACAGGGCUGUACCAUUGGCGGCUUCCGGUUGAUUUUACUCUUCCAAUCUUGAAAAAAAAAUUCCAUCUUAGGGGUAAGAUUUUAUGACUUCUUUGUCCUUUGCCGUUCCUAUUGUCUCAAUCCAGGAGGAAUUUCACUCUUCCCUUGUACAAUAAAACUAUUUGCUAUUUAAACUUCACUCGCCUUUUAGCCAAGACAAUUACAUCCAUUCUUUUAA